AUGGAAGCGGAAAAGGAGUUGGAAAGCCUUUUUAGCUCUGAAGCGUCCACUGCUGAAGCGAAGGCCUUGGGGGACGUAUUGACUUCUUGCUCUUCUACUGAGCACACACCAGAGGAUCCUUUCGAGGAAUUGCUCUCACGCAGACAACUUCUCGAUGAUUCUUUCGAGGAUGUUGGUCCUGAGGGUUCAGAGGAGUGCUGCAGUGUGAAGGAGCUCACAGAGUGGGCUCAGAGGGAGAAACUCGGCUCUCGGUUCCAGUCAGGCCUUGAGGAGGUGGUGAAACAAGGUGGACUUCGACGCGUCAACGACGCAUUUUUGCUGGCGUUGGGCAUUCAGUUGCCACCCAUGCGAAAAAAGAUACUUGGGGCCAUCAAGCGGAAACUGAUUGGUAGCAGAACAGUGCGCUUCGGGGAAGUGCUGCAGUAUGAGCCAAUGUUGAAGAACAAACCAAGAUUCAGCAAAUGCCCCUGGGUGGACCUGGAUGAAAUAGAGGUCCGGAAUGACAAAAUGACCUUGAAGGCGGCCAUCACGACCUGGCGUUUUUGCGCCACUGGCCUGGAUGGUCAAGAAGAGACAGCGCUGAAGGAAAAUGCCUUUAACGCUUGGAAACCCAAGCCGAAGGGCAUCUGCGAGAUCCUCCAGGACAUGCUGGAGGGGCUCGGAGUAGUGGCCUCGGUUUGGAUGGUUUUCCCACCAAAUGUUCAUGUCGACAUAUUUCUAGAAUUUUCAUUUUCGAAUUUUGCUGACCCGCCGGUGCUUAUAUUUUCCGCACACCACAUUGCUCUUCCGAUGACUUGCGACUUGCAGCAGCUUUCCGUUUGCGAGGCUUUCUUCGUUUCAACGCCUUGCUGCUGCAGGCUUGAUCUGGGAUCGGUGUCUACGAGCAGAAAAUGGGAACAGAAAUCUGUGGCGAACACAACACAAUAUAGAAAGAUAUAG